AUGUGAAAAAGCCUGGGUAUGGUUAUUUGCGGUCGCGUGCUUAUUUGCAUUUACAGAAGUCGAAUGCACUUGACCGGUCAGCGUCGUCCUCUUCUUCGGAAGUUUGUUACGUUAGCUAACUAGCCAGAGAAGCAGCUAGUAGAUUAGCCAGCAAGCAAACAUUAGGUUGCUAUGCAUUUACAGGUCUGUCAGUGACAUUACGCUUAAUUUAGGCUAAAACACAUAUUUUACUGUAUGCACUUUGUAAAGUUAAAUUGCUGUUUUGUACGACGUAUACUCGUGGCUUAGAAUACAACCCUUGUUAACUAACAGUCAUAGUUCAGAAUGUCAACGUCAACUUUCCAGACAUGCACAUGUAAACCUUGUUGUCAGCAUAGAUAUAGAUAUGGUUGUCAGCAGUGGCUUUGAGUUAAGACCGUUUUGCCUUUGCUAACAUAUAGCCUAGAUGUAGCUGAUUUAUUGGUGGCCUGGCACGUUCACCCUGUCAACCGGAUUCAUCCUUAAUCUUGUUCCCAGUUGUUGCCUAAGCUUGCCUUUAUAAUGGCCGCGCAGAUGUUUGACUACGCACCAGGGCGGACCUCCAGCCAACAUCCAUCCGAGGCCAAUUGGUCCACUUACUCUGAGGGCAUCAAUCAACGGAUGCGGGUACCUGAGCGAAUCAGAGUGGCUCCUGGCACAUUGGCAGAGGAAGAGCAGAAACCUGAGGAUGUUCAUCCUGCCUACACCAUGCACAUACCAGACAAGCUUGCAUUAACAGCUGUUUGUCUAGCAGAUGUCCCAGACCUUAGUGCUCGGCCGAUGUUCUCCAAGCACAGUUCAGGCCACGCCAGCUCUGUGUGGGACCUGGGAGCCUUCAGUGUGGAUGCGGCCCACCUACAACAUUCUGCACAGAGCCCCAUUCGGAGGUCUUACAGCGAUCAAGCCUUUGGCCGCAGCCCCCCAGUCACCCCCACGCGCACUAAAGAGGCCCUACAAUCUCCACCCUCUAGCCGCUGUUCCGGAAGAGCCUUGGCUCCUAGCCAGCGAGGCAGUGCCACUGUCGACUCCCCCGCAGCCACCCCCCAGGCCCUGGCGCUGGGCUCUCUCCCGCCCAACCUGCUGUCUCCCCAGGGCGUGCUCCAGGCGGCCAAGGAACUGGGACAGCAGGCCUCCCAGCGUCUCCUGCAGACUGUCGCCCAAAAAUACUCCUCCAGGUUUGGCAUCCCAGAGAACCACUCACGCAGCUCAGCUGAGGUGCAGCCAUACACAGAAACCAGGAAAAGUGCCCUUCAGGAGCCUUGGUUGAGCCCAGAAGAGGAGUCUGGAGCAGCAGUGGAGUUCAUUGUGCUUCGGCGACAGCUCCUGAAGAUGAGUCGUCGUCUUGCUGCACUCGAGCGUCAGAACGUGGAGCACAAGCAGGCGGAGAUGCUGCUCUUCUCUCUCAUGGUGUCGGCCGUCCUGCUCAACGGCUGGCUGUGGAUGCGCAGAUAGCCUCUCAGUCACAGUCUUCCCACCUGUGCUUGGAUUCCAUUGCCCGCCCUUGGGCCUCCAUCGAUUACCACUCUCGGUCGCAACCCUGUGUGGGUAGCCCUUCAAACACCGAUGCCCACCACACUAGGGCUAGCUAUGCUAACACCACUGAGGACUCAAAGUAGCAACGGCUAGCUAGAAAACACCAAUUGCCCACAAGCACCGGUGUGAGUUGUUUGUAAGCAGGGUAAGUGUUGUGAAGGCCGUGGUGAAGGUUUGGGGUGUCAUUUUGAGUGUGUUGAUUUGCGAGGUCAUGUAUUUAUAAAGUCAGGAAAAAUGAGGCUUGAAAAGCUUGAGGUGUUACGGGCUUAGAAAAGUUUAUUGUUUAUGAUGGAAGAUUAUAGAAAAUAUUGUAUUUGUAUUUACUCACUUGACAGAUGUAUCUAGAGUUGUAUACUAUUAAGCACAGCAUUUUACAGGUAGACAUAAUCUGUUUUUGCUGCAUCUCAAUUAUCCCUCCAGGACUGGUCAAGGACGGAGACCAGAAUAUGCAAUAUAAAUAUUUCUGUACACACUACA